AAGCAACCGGCCGCAGGCGGCGGGGCCAUGGACCUGGUGGUUACGGAGGAGCUGGCCCGCGCCGAGAGCCAGCAGGAUGCUGCCUCCCUGAAGAGGGCCUAUGAGUUGAUUAAGUCAGCCAACCUGGCGAAAUCGGAGUUUGACCCGACAGAAAGCUUCAGCCCCGACCUGUUCGUUCUGUGUGCGGAACAGGCCCUGAAGAUGGGGCAACCAGAGGUGAGCGAGGACUGCAUCAAGAUGUACUUCAAGGUGAAGGGGCCAGUCACGCAGUUUCUGGGUCGAGCGCACCUGUGCAGGGCCCAGCUGUGUGCCCCCAAGUCCACCGAAAACCUGGAGGAAUUUGAAAAUUGUGUGACUCAGUAUAUGAAGGUGAUCAACUUUGCCAAAGGAGAACCGAGGUACUACUUCCUGCUGUACAACGCCUCAGUCCUCUACUGGCAGACGGUGAGGCCGCUUCUCAAGCCUGGAUAUCAUCACCAUCUGAUCUCCAGCCUCUCCCAGAUUGUGAAUGUGCUGAAUCAAACUGAGGAAGAGGACAAAGCCUGGCGGGCAGAGCUGAUGCUGGAGCUUCUGGAGUGUUAUCUGCAGGCUGGAAAAAAGGAGGAGGCCGCUAAGUUUUGCGCCACUGCAGCACCGUUCAUAAAAGCUAACGUGCCACAGAAAUAUCGACAAAUAUUUUCUGUUAUGGUGCGACAUGAAUUAAUGGACGAGCUUCAAUUAAAAGAAGAAAAGAAAACUUCCCUUAGCCUCUCUGUCACUUUCCACAUUAAUAUGCUAAAAGCAAAAUUGGAUAAAAAUGAUAUACCUGAAGACGUCAACAAAAUUCUGAAGAAGACCUAUAAACAUUUAGGUUAUUACAAUCACCAGCACUUCCCUUCAAUCAGAGAAGAAAAAAUUCUUUUGCUGUUUGAAUUAGCUCAUCUGUCUUUGAUCUUGAAAUGCGAGGAGGUCUCCUCUGGCUGCCUCUCAGACUUGAAGAAAAUUGACAGCAAAGAUCCUGGGAAGCUGAUUGAAAUUGAAUGCCUGGAGUAUGAAUUAGAAGCUUUAAGACUUGAAAAUAAAAUUAAAAUCUAUAUCCGAGCGGCUGUUGAGACCCAGCUGAAUAUAAUACGGAGACUUGACAUUACGCUCCAGCGAGCCAUCCGCCUGGGCGACCCCCGGGUCAUCCAGGUGGUGUGCACCACGCAGUGGAACACAUGUCUGCCUCUGCUGCAGCACAACCUGAGGCACCACCUGCGGAAGCCGCUGACCAGCAUCGUGGAGGUCCUGGAGAAGGUGGACAGCCUCAUGGUCCUGCUCCGCUGCCAGGCGCACAUGGAGAUGGCGUGCAUCGAGGAGGAUGAGGACCGGCUGGAGCCCGCCAUGGAGCACCUGCAGAAGGCCAUGCGCCUGGACAGCCUGGGCCUCUACCAGGACAAGCUCUGGAGGGCCGUCAACCGGCUGCGCCUGUGUACCAUGCUGUACCAGUCCCCCACGCGCCCCGAGGAUAAGGCCACCAUGGCCAUCGAGCAGGCAAAGAAAGCUAUCCCAAAAGACAGUGUCAGGGAGAAGCGGGCUCUGCUGGUGAACGCGGGCCUGGCCCUCGCCCCCGACACCUUCCGGAUUGUGCUCGACAGUGAGAACGAGGCCAGAGUUUCCACCGGGAAGAACAGGGGCCGGUUCACCUACCUCUGCGCGAAGGCGCGGCACCACAUCAUCAGCGUGGACAAGGCCACCGGGCACCUCCGGCGUCUGGGGAAUGAGAAUGACAAGGAGCGAAUUCAGAUUUGGGCAGAGCUUGCCAAAGUUGCCCGGAAGCAAGGUGUGUGGGACGUGUGCCGGGCAGCAAGCCGCUUCUGUCUCCUGUACGACAAUGUCAAGGUGAAGAAGCCUGCGAGGUGGAAGAGAGGAAAGAAGAAGAAGGGCGGAGCAAGCUCCGUGCAGGACGCCUGGGGCCAGUCAGACGCCACCCUGCAGAGGCAGGUGUCCCCCAGCCUGUUGCGGAAGUUCGCCGAGGUGGGGUUCAUCAAUGCUGAGGCCACUGUCCACUUGCUGCGGUCAGAAGGUGUAGAGCUAAAUGACUGUCCCAGGCCCCCUGAGGACUUGAGCCAGCACCCAGCCGGCUACACGCUCGAGUCUGCAGAGGACAACGCAGAGUGGAUCAUGUACCGGAACUGGAUAGAGGGUCUGUCGCACUACGCCAUGAGCAACUGGCUGCGGUCUGCUGAGAUCGGACAGGAGAUACAGGAGGCCUGGAUCGUGCAGAACGCCGUGGUCUACGUCCUGAAUCACAACCACCAUCUCCUCGUGGCCGGGCGGCAGAAAGAGCUUGUGGAUACCUUGUGUCACCUCCUGAGCAUCGUCAAGGCCACAGGCCACAGCGGAGACCCCGUGAUGCUCGCGAUGCUCUGCAAUGCUUUGGCUCGAGGCUUGAUUAUCAGCUGGAUUCCAACCCAGACACCAGAAAAAUCUAGAAGACUUGUGCGACCAAACCUGCUUCAUGGGCCACCAGACUCAGGAGCCAGCUCUGCAGUGAGGACUGCAGUGGAGGUCUGCGAGUUUGCGCUGAGCCUGACCAACGGGACGGUGCCCCAAGAGGUGGUGCCCACCAAUGCCCGACAGCAGCUCAUCGCCACCUGGGUGAAGGGCAAGCAGCUGCUGCAGCAGCAGAUUGGGCCGCGGCUGGGCCCGGAUGAGCAGAGUAACAGUGAGGAGAUCAACUCGGUGACCAGAGUUCUUGUCGCUCUGGAGAUGUACUCCUGCAACGGGCUGGGCCUCAUGGACUUCAACGUGCCCCCCUUGGCUCAGGUGGUGAAGAUGGCGUCCGAGUGCAACUGGUCAGACCCCCUGGUGGAGCUGCAGACCCUGACGCGCCUGACCCACUUUGCCUUCGCGGCCCACGACCACAAGACCACCAUGGCGUGCUCGCAGAAGGCUCUCCAGAUGGGCAUUAGGUACCUGCGGAUAUUUGGCCCGGAGGAGGCUCGGCUGGCGGCGGAGAUGCUGAGCACCGUGGCCUGCACGCAGGGCAGGAGCGUCCUGGAGAGCCUGAGGGGGAGGAAGCGGCUGCGCCUGCCGGCUACCAGGGCCUUCCUGGAGAGCAUGAGGUUUGGGGGCAUCGCGGGGAGCAGUGCCCUGGUGAUGCUGGCCGCCCGGCACUACUGGAACGCCUGGCUCCCGCUGCUGUCCUCUGCGGGCAACAGGAAGAAAUGCAGGAGUGCCUUACGGAGGAUCAUCAGCAUCAUCAACAAGACGGAAGCGAGAAAGCAGGAAAAGGGGAAAAUGCUGCUUCUGCACCAGUGGCCUACAGCGGACUUCCAGAGUGGAGGGACCACUGAAGGUUGUUUUCUCCCAGGGGCCGAGGAUGACCUGACGCUGCGCGCAGCACUCUACGGCCUGCUCUUCCACUGCCAUGCUGACCACGCCGACUGGGAGGGCGGCCUCAAGGUGCUGGACGAGGCUGUGCAGGUGCUGCCGCGGACGGCACACCGCCUUUUGAUUUUCAAGCACAUGGUCAUUGUGAAGGCCAAGCUUGGCCAGAAUUUUACGAUGGAGAUACAGAAAUUCAAGGACGAGAGUGAAGAUUAUGUGGCACACAUGUGGCACCGCCUGGCCUUGAACUCCAAGAACGUCUUCGGAGAGCUGACCUGCUAUCAUAAUGCAAUUCAUGUCUUACAGAAGCCCGAGAGUGAGUGGCAGAAAGUUGACUAUAUCAUGGAAUUCAGUGAGUGGCUGUAUUACAAACAGUUUCCUAUCGACGACGUGAUCUUCCACCUGAAGUGGGCGAUCGACAUCCUGCUGAUGAUGAAACCUGCCAGGGACACACCUGAGCCGGCUGAGGAGCAUGCACCCCCCGAGGCAGCCCCAGAGAGCCCACUGUCCGAGGACAUGGGGACAGCCUCCUUGGAAAGGCUGCACAGCGUGCGGCAGUUGGAAUCACUGGCCCGUGCCCACAUCCUGCUGGCCCUGAUGGUGUCCCAGAGCGCCACCAGCUACCAGGACUACUGCCUCAUGGCCUACGCCUUCCUCAGGCGCAUCUGGCAGGCAGACCUGGGCCCUGGGGUGCGGGGCGGGGCGGGCAGCUCUCAGGGCAUGAGAAACAGCUUCUGCAUCACGUGGGGCCCUGUACCGCACAUCAGACCUUUCACCCUGAAGUCCCUGCGUGUCCACGUGGCUGUGCGCACUGCAGCCCGUCUGACAGUGGUCCUGUCUGCACAGCCCCCGGAGCUGGGACUCACACCUGGGCUCCGGCUCGAAGUCCUCCUGAGCACGGGAUGUGUGGGUGGGGAGGGCCGCAAGCCUGGGGCACCCCCAGGUAGACUCUGGCUGUGCGAGGGGCAGAAAGCGUCCGUUUGCACUCUCUUGGAAGCGAUGUCAGAGCGUGGUUUGGAGGUAGAACUGGACGUGGUUCUGGUGUGGCUGCAGCCAGGCUGGGAUGGUAGGGCGGCGGCCCUGGGCCACGGGGCUACGGGGAGAGCGCAGAUCUGCACUGCACAUGGUCUCCAGAGGCGCUGCCUUCUCAAGGCUCACGACCUGUCUACUCAGCUGUGCCACCUGGGCUGUCAAACCCCAGUUCCUAGGAAACAACCUGAAGAUUUACCAGCAAGCAUAGAAGAAUGGGCUUCCUAUUCUUGCCCUGAAGAAGUGAUAUCUGUAUUUAAACAAGAUAAAAGCGACUUUACAAUUAACACAUCAAGUAUCCAGAAACCGACGUACAGUUUAUAUUAUCUGGACCACUUGGUCAAGGCCCUGCAGAAGAUGUCCCUUUAUGAGCUCACAAUCCCAGUCCUACAGUUGGGAGUACUAAUUGCAGCCUCUGUGGUAGAAAGCAAGAGCCUCCAAGAUCUCUACCACCUUCGACUUGCCCUGGUUUGUUCCGAGUUGAAGCUGCGAGAAGCAGCCGCUUACCAUGAAGAAGUGGUCGGGCAGACGUACCUCGGAGAAACGGAGCAGGCCAGCUGCAGAAAAGAAAUUUCCUUGAGAAAGGAGAAAAAUAAGGAAUCGCUAUUAGAAGAGAGUCUGCCAGCACUGAAUGAGCCCGUAACUCCAGUCCAGCAAGGGGAGAUGAAGCCCCUCAUAGCAAAGGAUAAGAUUUUGAAGAUAAACGGAGAGGCCGGUAGAGGCCUGGAAGGAACAUCCUUUCCCCAGUUGUGGACCCUCAAAGCGGAGGUUCUCCUUGAGAUGGACCUGUACCAGCCUGCGAGACUGCUCCUGUCGGAGGCGUACCUGGCCUUCCAGGAGCUUGAGGAUCCUUGUGCAGAAUCAAGAUGCCUGCACCUUCUAGCACAGUUGGCAAACAAGGAGAAGAACUACGGACAAGCUAGGAAGAUGAUUGAGAAGGCUCAGCUCCUGGGAGGAAGUGAGGAGUUUUGGUACAGUUCAACCCUGACUCUGGCAGAUACACUCUUGUCCGUGGAAAGUGAAGGAAGAGAAGUGGUGGUCUGCCAACUGUUUCAAAAACUCAUAGGUGCCUUCAAGGUUCUCAAGAAAGAAAGACCUAACCGAACACCUAUAUUGGAAUUUAUGACCACAGACCUAGAAGCCAGGUGUGUGAGCCUCCGCGUGAAGGCCGCCCAGGAGCCAGUGGAGGGCGAACCUUCUGAGCACUUGCUUCUGCUGGACAGAAUGGAUGCCUGCUUGUUGGAAAUUGAGAAGAAGUUUAUCAGCUGUGGCUACCAGGAGAACUGUGUGGAUGUAAAGCUGGAGCGCGCAAAGAUGAAGAGGUGUGUGGCCUUGCUGCGGUUGUGUGCCGAAAAUGAGAAAGAUGAAGAGCGGAAGACGGCGUAUUACUUGGCAGCGUACGGCUUGGUCCAGAGAGCCGUGGCUGAAGAAGAAGAGAGAUUUCGCAGGAUUCAGGGCUUACUGUCCCUUCAAGGUGUGCAGAAGGCCAACACCCCGCUGAUGAGGAAGCUGGCGCACCUCAAGCUCAGCCUCGCAGAGGCGUCUCUGGACUCGCUGCGGCUCGCCCAGGAGGGGGCCCUGCAGCGGCAGCUUGAGCAGGGCCCCACGGAUAGGCUGCUGGCCAGCUACCUGCAGAGCACGAGCGACUACACUUCCACCGGCUGGCAAUGGUUCACGCUGAAGCGGACCCUGGCCCAUAUUGCGCUGGCGCAGCUGGGGAGCCUGCCGCCGCUGUGUGUCGGCUGCGUGGAGAUCCGCGCCCGGCUCCUGGGCCUGGCCGGGAAGGCUCUCCACCUGCUGGCCGUGCACACAGACCCCGUACGCCCCGCCCUCUACUGGGAGGAGAGCCUCUCGGCGGGUGCGGAGCUGAGCAAGGGUCUGGAGAUAAUCCAGGAGGAUGGAGACAGCGAGGAGCACUCCAGCGACCUGCCGGCCUUCAGGGCGGCCCCAGAGGAGCACAGCAGGAAAGGCUCGGAUCUGAAGAGGAGGAUGGCGCUGGCCCGGCGGUACCUGGCCCAGGCAUCCGAGGUGCUGCUGCAGUGCCUACAGGUGGCCCUGGGCAGCAGCCUCCUGGACGUCGCGGCAGCCGCCAGCCUGGAGAUGGUGGAGUGCAUUGGCGCUCUGGACCCGGCGGCCACCUGCCAGUUCCUGGCCUUGUCUCAGAGCUGCGCAGCCUCGGCGAUGAUGCGCGACGUUCUGCUCACGGCCACGGCCAACACCAGCAGCUCGCAGCUGGCGGCCCUGCUGCAGCUGGAGCACAGGCUGAGGCGCCAGGAGAGGACCUCCACCAGCCUGUUCGCCAGCGUGGAGCAGAGGCUGGCUGCCGUUUCCAAGGCUUGGCAAAAUCUCUGCGUCACUGAGCAACACUUUAACCUCUUGAACGAAAUUCCUCCUGCUGUUCGGAUCCUCCUUCUGCACCACUCACGAGACAGGACCCAUCUGUACGGCGCUGCCUAUGAGAGACCCAAGGUCAUCCCUGCAGCCAAAGGGAAGGUGCUCCAAGUGGGGGGCUCCUGCAAGGUGGCUCGGGUGGCCGUGAGCCCGGCCACCUUCUCCUGCCUAUUGGCCAGCGCCCAGCAGUUCCGGGAACAGGCCCAGGCCGAAGUGUACAGUGAGGACGUGGCCCUGAGCCCAGGCUUGGAACCCGGUGGGGCUGGGGUACAGGAAGCAGAAAGGGAGGGGUGCCUUCUGCAGAGACUCAGUGAUGUCCUGGAGACCAUGGAGGAGUACCUGAGACCGCUGCUCUCACUGCUCAGCUGCCCUGAAGCCAGAACACAGGUCCCCACAAUCGUCGCAGAUCUGGGGAAAUUGAAGAGCAAAGACAAAGAAAGGAAGCCAUCCCUGCCCCAGGUUCAGCCCGAGGCUGCAGACAUCGUCCUCAUUGUGGACAGGGAUCUUCUGGAGCUGCCGCUGGAAGGUCUCUCUGUGCUCAAUGAAGGGAUGGUCUCCUCUGUGUCACGAGAAUUUUCUCUCCAAAUGCUAUGCAAUCGCCUCCAGGAAGAGGAGACAGAAGGGAACGUGAAAAAGAAGGAAGGCAGAGGCAAAGAGCUGAAGAAGAGAAGUCCAGGAAAGAAGGGCGGGAAGGGCAGCAUGCCCCGGCUCAUCCCCCCUGACUGCCUCGUAGUCGACUCAGACAACUUCACGUUCAUCGUGGACCCCUACGAGGAGGCCCAGGGCAUAGGAACGCUGACUCCUGUCUCCGUAACCCGGGAAAUUUUGGAAAGAUACCGAGACACAUUCACUGCGAAAUGGAAGGGACACCUGGGAAACACACACUUCCCAAGCCAGGCCGAGUGGGAGCAGCUCCUGGGCGGCUGCAGCGGUUUCUUCUUCUACGGGAUGGAGCACGUCCUGUCGCACGUGUUAGUGGAAAGGCUGGCCGCCAUGAACCUAGAAGAGUGCCAGAUGAUGGUCCUGCUGGACCUGACUCGGUCCUACGAGAGCAUGCGGCGGCAGACGGAGGUCUCGGAGAACAAGAGUGCCCUCCAGCUGUCCUUGGAGGAGCCCAUCAAGACCGCCAUCCUUCUGAGUCUGGUGGGGGUCAGGAGCAUCCUGGCGAACCAGUGGCCGACGCUCUUGCAGGACAACGCGCUUCGGGCCAGCGUCUUGUGGGAAAAUCUGUUGACAGUUGGCAGGCCGGUCGGGAGAGCCGUCCGUCUCCUGCAGACGAUGGGAGCCAGUGAAAUGGUUCACCACGGAGCGUCUCCCUGUCACCCUCAACCUGGUCCUCUACGGGCUGCCGCACCUGGCCAUCGGCUGAUGGUGGCCUGGGCCCGCCUCCCCACAGCCCUGCUCCCACUUCACCGCCCUGGACCCACCGCGUCCCCACCUACGGGCGUUCCUCCCCGUUCCUCCUCAGGAUCUCCAGCCCUGGCCGCAGCCCGACCCCUCCUCCAGGGCCUCCUGCUGGGCUGCACUGCCCAGGCCAACCCCCCCACCAAGUUCCGCACAGGGCGGCACCUGCCUCCAUGUCCUCCCGGGGGUCUGGCCUGCUCUGUGGCUCCCUCCUCAAGAUCUCCUCCCACCCAGUGCCCACAGGGCCCUCAAGGAGGGGGAGAAUAUCUCUGGGGGCUCGAUGGGGCAGGUGGGGGUGAGGAAUGCAUCCGGGGCCAACCCCACAGCGGCCGAGACCACCAGAACCCUCCCCUGCUCUGUGUGCUCCCUGUGGUCUUAGUCAUCGGGAAGCCGCGUCCAUCCCACAAGGCUUCAGCAGCAGGUGGGCCUCUGGAGACAGUUCUGGCUGACAGCAAACACUUUUCCCUGAGGAUGAGACUCCUGAUCCCCGAGGGGACGGCCCGCUCAGAGUGA